AUGUCUCAUAGCUCAGUGGCCAGUCCCGGUUUGUUGGAUGGCCCACCCAAUCCCACCACCAGCCUCUCAAAGCAGGAAACAAGAUUAUCCACGGGAGCCUGUGAGCGGUGUCAUAGGUACAAGGAGAAAUGCAGCUUCCGGACGGGGCAAGAAGCAUGCUCCAGGUGCAAGGCGCUGGGCCAGCAGUGCCAUCCGAGGCCGAGGAAACGUAUGGGGCGCCGCCCUGUAGCCCAGAAGCUGCCCUACGGUACGACCUCCGUCAUGCAGCUGGUCGAGGACAGCCAGAGCCACUCAGUAAACCCGAUCUCUGGGGGCAAGUUCAUCAGCGAUAAUGUAACCCUAACCAGCCUAACUGGGCAUCCCCAUAGACGCUGCCGCAGAUCAGAUGUGAGGAUCCCGUACCCAAACACGGCGGCUCCGGUCGAUGCUACAGCGCGGACUGGCUUGCACUACGGCCCCCCAAGUUUCCACGCUCUCCGGCUACCUCUCCAGGGCUCGUGGCAGGUCCACCAGCUAAUCGACACCGCAGAGGGCUUUUUUCAAGUUCACCGCACCUUCAUGCUCGGUCGAAGUUUCGUCGACGGGUUUCAGUCCGUGGUGCGGCGACUGUUCGCGCGCUCUCCGCAGGUUCUCACUGAUGCGUAUUCCGUGGCCUUCAGACUGAUGAGCGCCCGGCAUGCAACGUUCCCAAGCCUGGAUGGUGAUGACCUGGCGAUCGGAGCUCGCUGUCUCCGGUCACUCAUGGCGGAAUCCUCAUCCAUCAAGCACCCGGAGGAUGCUGCGGUAAUAAUUUUGCUCGGGCAAGCUUUGCUCGUCUACAACACCUUGAUACCAUCCCCAACCACCCAGGUGAUCACACGCGGGACAUUGCUGAGUGUCAAGCAUUGGUACUCGGCUCUGGUGAAGCGGCCCUACCUGGACGCCGUGACUCUAACUCCCGUCCUCGUAGACACAGUUGAGUGCCUGGUUCGGAGAGAUAUGCCGGUGGUCCGGCUUCCGACCCCAGAUCGCUGCAUUAUAGACCGGUUUUUGGGCGUUUGCUCGUCGCUGCUUCCGCUUCUCUAUGACCUGUGCGAGCGGAGCUACCAGGCCAAAACCAACGGAUUUCAGGAACACUCAUCGCCUUCGAAUCCUGACCGGCAUGACACAUAUUCGGAUAUCGAACGCAAGAUACGCGACUGGGCACCGGAACUACCACCGUGUUUCUUUACCACAUUCUCGGCAUUAGAGGUCAGUGUCAUGCUGGCACAGGCCCGGUCCUACCGCCUCGCGACGUUGCUGGUUAUCCACCGUCUGCGCUUUCCGCUUGGGGUCAAUGAUCGUGUCGGCCAAUACUAUGCGGGCGACAUAUUAAGAGAGCUUUCUAUCCUAAAGACAUGGCCAUCGGAUGAGGCAACCGGUCUUGGCCUGGAUUUUCCGCUGUUGGUAGCCACGCUGGAGAUGCCGGGGCCGGGCAUGGACAUCUAUAAAGCCUUCGAGCCACUUAGGUUUCGCCAGCAACACUCUGAAAUGAUUCUGGAUUUUAUCAGGUUCGUAACGGCAGCACGGGACACCGGAUACACUGGACUGUGGUUUGAUUUGUUACAAGACCAGUUGCAGGGAGUUACGAUAACUUAG